AUGCCCACCAUCUAUUCGUCCUUGUACCAAAACUUCAUCCGUCAAGGAUUUGCGAAAUCUUUCACUCACGGCUACGCGCAAUCUGUCGUAGCUGCUACACAUCCCCAUGUUCUAAAUUCGCAGAACCGUCCGUCGUUUGCUCGACGUAACAGUCAGCGCGUCGGACGCCUCACUAGUCUCCAGCUUCAAAAUGCCUUUCAUAGCUCGAACCCGAAUGCCCGACAUGAGCUUCGCCACGAGAAAGAUGGGAGUCAUGGAAGCCUAGAUGCCUAUUUUGAGGCACUGAGAAAACAGCAGGACAAUGGCGACAUUGAGAAAGAGUGGACUCAAUUUCAGUUUCCUAAGCCCAUCGAGUGGAAGCCGAAUGCUUCGUCUGUCCUCGAGGAUCCCGAGUCCAAUGCGCUCGAUGUUGAUGCUCUCGAGGCUGUUGAAGCUAGUCAGAAUGCCGGCGAGGAUCUACCGGUUCCUGUCGACAUAGAUGUUGCAUUAGCGCAUAUUGACGCUGCUAUUGAGAAGGAGAUCGAAGCCCGCGAAUUACGAGAAGCUCUAGAGAGCCCCGCGCGUUCUCUAAGAACAUCGACCCCUUCUAUCGCGAGUGGCGUCCAGUCCCGAGCUAGAUCCCCCGUUCUCGAAAGACCGGCGACACCUAUUGGUAUCUCUCGCACAGUAACACCGUCGGUUGAUCCCCAGUCUAAGAGCUACGCGGACCAUCUCACGAAGCUUUCUGAAGAUGGCCGAUAUGCUGAGAUUCCUGCUGUCUUUGAAGCUAUGCUUGUUGCCGACAUCAAGCCUACGGCCGCAUCCUACAAUGCCCUGCUGGUCGCUGCUAUCCACAUCCCUACCGAAAAGAUCGAGGUGGUUUCUAAGGCCUUGGAUGUCUAUGCCGACAUGAUGCGACGGAAGAUCACGCCAGACAGCGACACGUAUAACAUUCUAGUUGGUCUGUUAGCUGCUCGAUGUCUGGAGGUGUCCACACUCAAGAAGGGUUUGGAGGAUAAGCGUCUCCGUUUUGGUGGUAUGGAUGAGCCUGGGAAGUUCAUGUUCGCCUCGAAUGAGCUGGAACACGCCAUUCUGUCGGAAGACGACAGGCUCGACCUUGCCGUCAAGCUUUUUGAGACGUCUGUCUUAACAAACAGGGCUAACUACUCAUCGGAAACUUAUCAUCAACUCAUCUCGGCGUGUGCUCAGGCUGGCCGAGUCUCUGAUAUGCUGCACCUAUUUGAGCAUAUGGAGUUGAGUGGCUCUGUCCCCUUUGCGGCUACCUUCCCUUCCAUGAUUACUGCAUUUGCCAACACUGGUGAUUUAGCCAGUGCUGUCGAGUGCUACAAUGAGUACAAGGAUCUUGCUGUCGCUCAUGAUAACGGUAAAUACACGCUGAAUGAUCGAUUGGACUCAGAGGUUUACGCUUCGGUAAUCAAUGCAUACGUCAUCAACGACAAGCUUGACGGUGCUAUGAACUUCUACGAGAAGAUUGUCAAGUCGUACGGAGUUGGUGCUGCCGAAAUUCAGGACGCCAUCAUCAGCGGCGGAUUCGUAAAAGGGUUUACGACAAGGGGAAUCUACCAUGAAGCGCUUCAAUGGGCACAGGCUAUUGAGAAUGAGGCUCGCUUAAGCGCUCUGGCGGAUAUUGCUACUGCUGCUGCCGACUUUGGUGACCGACAUACCGCAACUGCUGCGUUCGCCCACAUUCCUACAGUGUUCCAGGGUAUUGCAACUCCGGCGAUGGCUUUGCUUGCCCUCAGCGUUCGUCAUGGCGAUGUUCCAGCUGCCGCUCGAUAUUGGCACAUCCUCAAUAGUCCUGAGAUCAAAGUUGACUCAUCAUUCAUCGAGCCGGCAGCUAUGUAUGCGGUCGCGAUGAUUGGUUCUGGUCAGGUUGCUGAAGGUUUAGCCCAGUCUGAGAUAAUGUUCCAACGAAUUCGAGCUACCGAAACCGACGCAAGACCAAACCUCGCCGAUGAAUUGGAAGAAAGCGCCGAAUUCAUAUCUCGGUUCAUGGCUAUUCGUGGUGUUGUGGAUCCUCGUGAAGUCGCUACUCCAGUCAGCUUUGAGCAACAUGUCUUCACUGCAUCGCCUUAUCCUUCAACACCCACUGUCUCAAGCUAUGAGGAUAACUUCGAUCCGUACGCGCACAAUACUGAUUUCAAGGGUUCGUCCAUAAUCUCGGAUGAACUUGAGGGUGCACAUGGACGCAAGGGACCCCGACUCCACGAGGCGCUAACGCGCUUCCGCAACAUGCGACGUGCAGGGCGUCACCCCAGAUAUAUCACCUACGCUAAGAUGAUUUCUGCCGCGGCGCGAGACGGCAAGAUGGAUCUGUGUCAUGAAGUUCUUGCGACGGCACGAACUGAUGUCCCUUUCCUCCCUCAAUACUCUGUCGUCCGUUACGGUUGGUCUUCUAUUCUCGAUGCUAUGGUUGGAGCUUGCUUGACCCUUGGCGAUCGUGUUCUGGCAGAGCAGUACCAUCUUGAGCUUCUUGAGAUGGGAGCUGCUCCCUCGGCAAAUACCUUUGGUCUCUACAUUACUACCCUCAAAGAAUCCACCAAGACCUUCGACGAAGCCUCAGAAGCUGUCAAGAUCUUCCACCGAGCUAAGGCCGAGGGUGUCGAGCCUUCAUCUUUCCUAUACAACGCUCUAAUUGGUAAGCUUGGCAAAGCCCGCCGCAUCGAUGACUGCCUCUUUUAUUUCGCCGAAAUGCGUGCCCUCGGUAUCAAGCCAACUAGUGUCACUUAUGGAACAAUUGUCAACGCUCUGUGCCGUGUUAGCGACGAGAAGUUUGCCGAGGAGCUUUUCGAUGAAAUGGAGUCGAUGCCCAACUACAAGGCUCGUCCGGCCCCGUACAACAGCAUGAUGCAAUUCUUCCUCACUACUAAACGCGACAAGACUAAGGUCCUUGCAUACUACGACCGAAUGCAGGCCAAGGGAAUUACACCGACUGCUCACACGUAUAAGCUUCUUGUUGACACUCACGCUACUCUUGAACCUGUGAACAUGACUGCUGCUGAAGUUGUCUUGGACAUGAUUCGUGCUUCUGGCCAGAAGCCCGAACCGGUACACUAUGCUUCACUCAUUCAUGCUCGUGGCUGUGUCCUCCAUGAUAUGCAGGGUGCUAGGAAGAUCUUCGACUCUGUUAUGAGUGACCCCAGCAUUCACCCCAAUGCUUCCCUUUUCCAGGCAUUGUUCGAGGCUAUGGUUGCGAACCAUCAAGUCGCGGAUACCGAGGCACUCUUAUCCGUAAUGAAGCAGAAGCGCGUUGAGCUUACACCUUACAUCGCGAACACUCUUAUUCACGGCUGGGCUGGCGAGAAGAACAUCGACAAGGCUUCUUCAGUUUACAACAGCGUCGGCCGUGAGAAGCGCGAACCUAGUACAUAUGAGGCAAUGACUCGGGCCUUCCUUGCUGUAGAAGACCGCGAGCGUGCCAAGUCAGUAGUAGGCGAAAUGCUUUCGAGAGGAUACCCCAGCGCUGUGGUUAACAAGGUCCUCGAGCUCCUCGGUGGUGGCAACGGUGAAGAAGCUGUUGUCAUAUGA